AUGGCUGAACUACAAACUCCGUCAGAGGCUUCCCAGAUAAGCACAAAUGGCGUUAUACAAGAGAAAGCGGAAUCUCAAAUUGCACCAGCCACAAACGGCACAGAGGAAGCCGAUUUGUUCUCAGACUCGCUCAUUUCACCGUCAGUAAAAGCAAGUCUGCAAGAAGUGGGUUAUACAAUCAGACCUUUGAGGAGGAGCGAUUACAAGACAGGCUAUCUCGAUUGCUUGAGAGUCCUUACCACUGUUGGCGAACCUUCCGCGCAGGCAUUUACCGAACGGUACGACUUUAUUUCUUCGCAGAAGGAAACUUACUAUAUCCUCGUUAUCUGCGACUCGACUUCACGAGUCGUUGGAACAGGCGCAGUCAUUGUUGAGCGAAAAUUCAUCCAUAACAUGGGUCUGGUCGGACACAUCGAGGACAUUGCUGUAGACAAAAAUCAGCAGGGCAAGAAGCUUGGUCUACGAAUCAUACAGGCUCUAGAUCACGUCGCUGAGAACGUAGGCUGCUACAAGUGCAUCUUGGAUUGUAGCGAGGCCAAUGAGGGCUUCUAUGUCAAGUGCGGUUUCAAAAGAGCUGGACUAGAGAUGGCGCAUUAUUAUUGA